AAAGAGCCAAGCAAAGUAACCUUGGCUUACACUUUCACUUUUGACAGUAAUAAUAACCUUUUAAAAAUAACAUACUUCAGUAUAAAAUUUCCUCGAGUUGGGUCAGCAUAUAAGAUUUUACAAUAUUUAUUUUUGCCAAAUCAAACCUUUAUAAGAACAUUCGCAAUGACUUUGGUCGGAGAUGGAUUGAAUAGCCCUCGCAUGCAGGGCGGCAAGGAGGAAUCUGUGGAACUUCAGUCGCCCUUUCCCGAUAAGUAUGUCCUUCGCAAUUCUCGCGUCCUGAAGGUGUCACGUGCCCAAAUCAAUGAGGUACCCAUGGAGGUCUUUGAACUGGCCCGCCAGGAGCUGGUAAAUAUUGUCCGCCUGGACGGUAACCAGCUGAUGGAGCUGCCCAAGGAUCUCACAAUGUUGAGCGAACUGCUCAACGAACUGGACGUUACCAAAAACCAAAUAUCCUAUGUGCCCACCAACAUUUCGCAAUUCUCAAAGCUAUCAACCCUGAACCUCUCCUGCAAUCUACUGUGUGAGUUGCCCAUGGAACUGGCCGGUCUCCAGCUUUUGCAAUAUCUGGAUAUAUCCUACAAUCGCUUUGACCACCUGCCCCGGUGCAUCUACGAGCUGGAGAGCCUGGAGACCCUCUUGGCCCACGACAACCAGAUCAAGAGCAUCGACGCCUCUGACAUGGGUCUGGGCGGCAUGAAGGAGCUGCAUUCAUUAAAUUUAAAGAACAAUGAUCUUCAAACGGUGCCCCCGAUUCUGGGCAAUCUAAAGAACCUCAAGGAGCUGGAGCUGUGGGGCAAUCCAUUCCGUCAACCACGUCACCAGAUUCUUUCAAUGGGAACUGCAGAGGUUCUGCGAUACCUGCGUACUCGCAUUCCAUCAAAUUAAAUCAGAUAUAUAGGUUUCUCAAACACAAAAUUUUAAUGUACAUAUGAGACUGGUUACUGUAAAAUUAAACAUUUUGAACAAUAA